AUGGGAUACGAACCGGCGAAAGUCGAUUCCGGUGGCAGAGUCGACAAUCGGAGCACAAAGGAGUUGGUAAUGUCUCUGAAGUCGGAGUUCCAGACGUCGAGUUUCGAGUUUGUGGCGUCCAUCUUGGCCUCUAGAGAAGAGAAGCUGAAGCGGGAGAUUGCGACCAAGGCGGAGGAGAAUCAAGGACUCUGGCUGGAGAAUGAGCAGUCCAGGUUGUUCAUUAUGAAAUUGGAGGAAGAACGGGAAAGAUGGAGAACGGAAGCUGAAAAGACGAAGAGAGAGAUUCACGGGCUCCGGCUGGAGAAAAAGCAGGCCAGGUUGGAGAAGAUGAGAUUGGAAGAUGAACUGAAAAGCUGCAGAAUGGAAGCUGAAAAGGCCAAGGAUUUCGAGGAUCGUGUCAAUAGGUUGGGGGAGGAGAUGAAGAAGUUGCAAGCCGUACGGCUUGCUGGAUCUGAAGACGUCGGGAGAGGGGGAGUCCAAGAACCGCCGGAGAAUCUUGGAGAGGGUGUUCGUUUGACAAAGGAGGGGAACAGGAUUUCCAGUGCUUCAGGUUUGAAGAAGGUUGAUGACAACAAGCAAUUGAACGUGGAAAUGAAUGUGAAGAAGGAGAAGGAAGAUUUGGUGAGUGGAGGAGGGAUUGAGGUCUGUAAGAGGGUAGAACUUGGCAUGGAGUUGAAUGUGAAGGAGAAUGAAGGAGGUGGCAAGAUUGGAUUGAACAGAAGUGUCGAUCUGAAGUCCCAUCAAGCUGAUAGUAGCUCUGGAAACGCAAGACCAGCACCAGCUGGAGGCAUUUUUGUUGAGAUCAGUGAUAGUGAUGAUGAACCUACUCCUUCAAAGGCUCCAAAGGAAACAACUUCUAAGCAGCCACCUGCGGGAGCUGGUCACUCAGGAAAAACAGCUGCUGAAGAUGGGACCGGGGUGCUGAAGAGGAAGUGCUCCAGCUUCGGUGCAAGUGAUCACUCUGAUCAGCAUCCCAAAAAGCUGACAAAACACCACGACAUGAUUCAUAUUAGUAGAACUGUUGCGGCACCAGCAAAGCUGGGACCAAAACAAGCAUUAGCUGCCGUGCCCAGCCCCAGCUCCAGCUCUAGCUCCAGCGCCAGCUCUGACGAUGAUGUAUUAGUAGAACUGUUGCAGGACCAGCAAAGCUGGGACCAAAACUAG